AUGUCAUCUACGUCAGAAGUUCAAGAAAAGCUCGUCGGGGGAUGGUCCCUCGUCUCGGCCACUGCUGAAAGUUCCAACUCUACCACUAUGAGAUCGAUUCUCUCUCCCUCCUCCACCCCUCUGUGGGGUACCAACCCUAAAGGUAUUCUUCUAUACACCGCGGAUAACUAUAUGUCAGUUCAAGUUGUCGAAUGUGAGAGAGACUCGACCUUUUCCACCAACGAUCCCAGGGGUGGCACGAGGGAUGAAUUGGCGGAAUGCAUGAAGAGGUUCACCGCUUACAGUGGUUCAUUCAACAUUCGUGCAACAGACCAUGGAGAACUCUUGUUAGAGCAUCAUGUUGAGGUUUGCUCUUUUCCGAAUUGGACCGGAAGUGUUCAGCGACGAAUUAUGGAGCUGGACGGCAAUCUUCUACUACUGAGGACGGAGGGGCCGAUCUUGAUUGAGGCAUGUGUCAAUUCUUUAUCUUUUUCGGAUAUGUCGGUAAUUCGUUGA